GGGCAGACCCAGGCUGCCCUCAGCUGGAAAGAAGUCCCGCGAGUUGCCAGACACUGCGCAGGGCUCGGCUGCAGCCCCGCCGCUCCCGCGUCAACCUUUUCCGGGCGCUCGGGGCUGUUACUGCCCCGGGGCCGAAGAGCGGCCGCUGCAGCACCGCGCACCGAGCGCUGCUCCGGGCCGGCCACGCCACGCGAGCAGCCCCGCACGCCGCCGCGCGCAGGAAUGGGCAGAGCGCGCCCGCCCCCGCGCCGGGCCCCGCGGUAUACGCGCGCACACGCGCGCUCACACAGGCGCGCAUACACGUGCGCAGAGGCGCGCAGAGGCGCGCGGCAGCCCGCACAACUGCCUCCUCCAGAGCGGGGGAGGGCAGCCAGCGGCCGCGGUCGCUUGCCUUCUCCCCGCCCCCCCCCCUUCCCUUCCUUUCCUUUCCUUUCUUCUUUUUUUUUUUUUUUUUUCUCUCCUUCCCUCCCCCCCUUCUUCCUCCCGAAAGUUUUUCUGGGCCUGCCUGCCCGGGUGAUUCAGUCGCGGUGUCGAUCACUCUGCCCUCCUCCUCCUCCUCCCCUUCCUCCCGCCGCUGGCUCCUCCUCCCGGGGGGUAAGGCUGAAACUUUAUAAGUUCAGCUUUCCCCCAGCCCGCUGGAAGCGGCGAGCGGGCGCGGCGGCCGGGCUGGUGGCGGCGGCAUCAUCAUCAGCAUUAGCGGCAGGGGGGAGGCUGCGAGCCGGGGCGCUGGAGGCUGUGCCUUACCCACGCCGUGACUCCUCGUGUCUGUGUGCCGCUGCCCCACUCGCUUCCCCCCUCGCUCGCCGAAGAUGUCCACAGCCCUGGUGUCGCCCACCAUCUUCGACCUGAGCGAAGUUUUAUGCAAGAGCAACAAGAUGUUGAAUUACGGCCCCUCGGGUGUCAGCGGGUGCCUGCUGGACAGGAAGGCGGUGGGCACCCCGGCCGGCGGGGGUUUCCCUAGGAGGCACUCUGUUACUCUGCCCAACUCCAAGUUUCACCAGAACCAGCUCCUCAGCAGCCUGAAAGGGGAGCCGGCUCCCAUGCUGGGCCCCCGGGAAAGCCGCUUCCGGGACCGCUCCUUCUCCGAGGGCGGUGAGCGCCUGCUGCAGCAGAAGCAGCCCGGGGGACAGGUCAACUCCAGCCGCUACAAGACGGAGCUGUGCCGCCCCUUCGAGGAGAACGGCGCCUGCAAGUACGGCGACAAGUGCCAGUUUGCCCACGGCAUCCACGAGCUGCGGAGCCUCACCCGCCACCCCAAGUAUAAGACCGAGCUCUGCCGCACUUUCCACACCAUCGGCUUCUGCCCCUAUGGGCCGCGCUGCCACUUCAUCCACAACGCGGAGGAGCGCCGCGCUGUGGCGGGGAGCCGGGAGCCCGCCGUCACCGACAGACCCCGCCUGCAGCACAGCUUCAGCUUUGCCGGCUUCCCCAGCACUGCUGCCAGCGGGCUGCUGGACAGCCCCACUUCCAUCACCCCGCCGCCCAUGCUGAGUGCCGACGACCUGCUGGGCUCCCCCACCUUGCCUGACUGCGCCAGCAACCCCUUCACCUUCUCCAGCCAGGAGCUGGUCAGUCUCUUUGCCCCCGGCAUGGGGGUGCAGGUGCCCAGCGGGAGCUCCCCUACCACCUUCUUGUUCAGGCCCAUGUCCGAGUCCCCCAACAUGUUUGACUCGCCGCCCAGUCCUCAGGACUCCCUCUCUGACCAGGAGGGCUAUCUGAGCAGCUCCAGCAGCAGCCACAGCGGCUCAGAUUCCCCUAUCCUGGACACCUCAAGACGUCUUCCCAUCUUCAGCAGACUCUCCAUCUCCGACGACUAAUCUGGGGUUUCCUCUUGCUCCCCCCCACCUCUAUGACAAUGUUAAGCUGAACUCCCCCCACCCUGUCCCCAGUAGUCUGAGCUGGAUGUUAACAUGUCCACCUGCCUGCCGUAGACCCACUGGCUUAAACCUUAAGUGCCAAAUUACGAUGAAAAGCAAUAACGUUUACAAAAUUAGUGCCUUUAACACUUUCACUGUGACUGUAUUACCUCUCCAGCUGCAGAGGGCACCAGCAGCUCUGUGCACUUCCAGAUGUGCAGGAAAUGUCCGGAUCCAGCUCCCUCCACUGGCCAUGUACUGCAUCGCCCUUUCCCAGUCCCUUCCUGACUGGCCAGUUUCUGCUAGGCUGCAGGCACGUGGGCAAGCGUUAACAUCCAGUCCUCUUUCUCCCCCUUAAAGACUAAUCUUGCCUGGAUCCGCUCAGGUCUGUGGGAAGAAAAGCUGAGAACAGACAAAGAUUGUAACAUGUGAGUGGGACUUCGACUGGGAGGAAGAAAACAAAACAAACCAGAUGGACUAUGAGAGACUUGAUUUUGGUGCUAAAAGUCCCCUGUGUAUUCAUGUGACAUCUUAAAACAAAUAAAGAAAUAGAGGGGGUGGGGCUGACGGAAGUCAUUCCACACACACACACACACAAGUUCGUGUAAACAAAGUUCCAGUAGUCAUAGCUUUAAUGGUUUUGCUCUAGAGUACUUUAGACCUAUCUUAGAGCACUCACGCCAAGCUUUUUAUUAUUUUUUUCUGGGUUUUUAAUUUUGUAUAACUUGUCAGAAAUUGGAGAGCAGAUUUUGCUUGUCACUGCACAACAAUAUAAAAAAGCUUAUUUAACUUAUCAAAACGUAUUUAUUGCCGAAACCUAUGCUUUUUUGUUAAUUUUGUUCAUAUUUAUCGGGAUGAUGAAUCCAUAGAAUAUAUUCUUUUAUGUUUAAAUUAUGAUCUUCCAUAUUAAUCUUAAGAUUGUGAAGUGUCUUUUUUCCUUUUUUCCCCACAGUUUAAUAUAUUAUACUACAAUGACAUUUUUUGUAACUUCACACUUUUUUGGUUAUUUUAUUUUAAAAAAAUGAAAAA